ACCUGGAAAUUACCAUGUGACUCGACACCUGGGCGUGGAGAAAGUCCUGAUAUUCCGACCUGGGAGUCUUUUGUUGUGGAGUUAACUGUGGUGUCUCUCAACAAGAAGUCGGUCAGGUUUUCUUUGGAAUAGUGCCUUUUUACAACCUUCACACUACGCGCGAGGACAUGUGAACUUGCUUACGGACGUUUUUGUGUGUGAUUUUUUUUUUAUUUUAGUUUUUUUACUUUAAAUAUUUAAUCAGGGGGAAAUAUUCAGUAAACUAUUUGGACUGUUUGCGAUUUACAACUACUCUUCGCUGUUUUUCCUUCAAGAGCCCAGGCCCUUAAUGAAGCUGGGGGUCAGCUGCAGUGUACGGCUAAUUGGCCAAGUUUGCCCUGGGCUUCGGCUGUCUGUGAUUGAAGUGUCCUGUGAGCGCCCACUGCGCAGCCGUUGCUGCACCCUAUUCUGUUCCAGUCCAACAGCCAAGACGCUCGCUGCACCCCUGUCGGCUUCUCCCUAGUGAGUAGCUCCCAAGAGAUGGCAAGCUGGGUCUCCCUCCUCCUAUUCCUCUUCUGCCAGUCCAUGUCACAAGCCCUGGAAGAGAGGAGCAACAUCCCCAUCCUGGAGUUCACCUCUGAGACCACCAUUAACAAUGUGGUCCAGGACUCCCAGACAGGCCGCAUCUACCUGGGAGCGGUAAACACCAUCUUCCAGCUUGGGCCUUCCCUUAACCUGCAGGCCCGUGCCGAGACUGGUCCCAAAGAAGAUGCCCGGACCUGUACACCUCCUGUUUCAGCUUGCCAUGACACAAAGCUCAUGCCUAAUAUCAACAAGCUUCUGCUGGUCCAUCCAUCCAAAAAUUCCCUUAUUGUCUGUGGCAGUCGCUACAGAGGCAUUUGCUCCCUCCUCAACCUGACCAAUGUGGAGCAGCAGUUGUAUUACAGCGACAGUAAAGGAGAAAAGACUUACGUUGCUAGCAUAGAGGAUAAUGUAAAUGUGGUGGGCGUCAUGUCUACUUACACAAAAGAGGAGCAGACCUUAGAUGUGUUUGUUGUUGGGAAAGGCUAUGGAAGCCUGGACAGUACAAAGCUCAUCAGUACACGAAUCCUUCAGGACUAUCAGGAAUGGGUUGUGUUUGAGAGCAUCAUUGAGGCUUCGACAGUACAAACGACACCAUUUGUUCCUAAGUACUUGCAUGACUUCCGCCAUGCUUUCAAAGAUGACAACUUUGUUUAUUUCCUCUUUUCUCGAACUCUUGAUGGAUCAGAUAUCAAAAAUCUUACCUUUGUGUCCCGUCUUUGUGAAAAAGACCAACAUUACUAUUCCCACACGGAGCUCCAAUUAAACUGUGGACUGAACAACCGAUAUAACAAAGUCCGAGCUGCUUAUGUGGCCAGUCCAGGAAAAGAGCUAGCACGAGUCAUGACUGAAUCAGGUAAUUAUGGGAAGGUUGCCCAUUGGGAUAAAGUCCUGUUCAUGGUGGCGAGUUCAGAUGAAGAAGACAACAAGUCUGCUCUCUGCAUGUACCCCCUCAACACCAUCAAUGAGAAGCUGGUAGAUAUCAUCACCGCAUGUUACAGUGACUCUGGAAAGAUUUCAGGGUUACCUGCUGUGGAUAUCCCCUACUCGUCUAAAACAGACGAAUUCUGUACAUCAAAAAUUGCUAAGAACACGUUAAAACAAUUCAAGUGUGGUGCAGACUUUCUGCCAUCCCCUUUGGCAAGCAAGCCAAGAUUUGCCUUAAAGGUAGAAGCAGAAUGGACCACUCCGAGCCUUUUGACUGCUGUGGCUGUCGCUGUGGAGAAUGACCACACCAUCGCCUUCUUGGGCAACAACCAGGGAGAUGUCUUCAAGGUACAUCUGACCACAAAGCCGGAUGAGUAUGGUAAGGCUGCUGGUGACACCAUUGGGGAGAAGGUCAACAGGAACCUGUUCUUUGACCUCACUCUCAGCCACCUCUACAUUACCACAGAGAAAAAGAUCACCAAGGUGCCGGUUCAGACGUGCCUCCAGAAGACAGACUGCCAAUCAUGCGUGGCACUGAGGGACCCUUACUGUGGCUGGUGUGUCCUAGAGGGCAGGUGUACCAGAAGGUCUGAGUGCCGACGGGCAGAAGAGAAAAACGGAUGGCUGUGGAGCCCAAAACAGCAAUGUGUUAAAAUUUUGUCUUUCUAUCCCUCAAACCUUUCCUGCAAAAAGACUGACAAGAUACAGAUCAACAUCCCUACUCUUCCUGCUAUUGGAGCUUCUGACCGCCUUCAAUGCAAAAUUGACUCAUUCAAGAGUGAAGGGACCAUGUUGGACACCAGUCAGGUCUCAUGUGCUCUGCCACAACCCUCACUGAUACCACAAACACCUGAAAAUCAAGACUUUGUUGCUGUGGAUAUAAGGAUUUUUGUCAAUGAGACUGUGGAGUUGGCCACGCGGGAGUUCAAGUUCUACAACUGUGCUGCCACAGUGAGGAGAUUUGAAAACACGCCGUGCAAGUCAUGUGUGACCAGUCCGUGGGGAUGCCAGUGGAAUACACUCACCCACAUGUGCAGCGACAAGGACGAUGGUGUGGCAGAUUCUGACAUCAUCAAACACCGUGAGGGAUCAAAGUGUCCUGUGUUUGAGAAUCCAGAUCCUGUUCUGAUCCCUGUGGGCUACAAGACUCGAAUCAGUUUCGAAGGGUUAAAUUUAAGGACAGACAAGAUUCACACUUACACCAUUGGCACCGACUUGAUGAAAAACAUGGAAGAAGAGAUCAAGUCUGAGGCUGGUCGGUUUUACACUUUCAGUGGCUUUAACUUUUCCUACGAUAAGUCACCAGAGACCAAUGUUCUUUUCUACGUGAAGGACAAGGAGACUGGCAAGAAGAUGGACAGCACACUGAAUGUCACCCUAUCCAACUGUAACGUCGGGAGGGGGGACUGUAGUCUCUGUAAGAACGCCGACCCAAAGUACAGGUGUGUGUGGUGCAGCACGCAGAAGGCAUGCGUGUAUGAGAAGCUUUGCAGCGCUCACCAGCAGGAGGACCCCAACAACGUUGAGUGCCCCAACCCUGAAAUCACCAGUAUUACCCCCAUUUUUGGCCCAAUGCUGGGAGGCAUCUCCAUCACCAUCCGUGGCUCUAACCUUGGCAUUCAUAAGGAAGACAUCAAAAGAAUCACAGUGGUUGGGGAGCCCUGUAUUCACCAGGAGGAAAAGUAUUCUGUCUCUACAAGUGUGGUGUGUGAAACUAGCCGUAUUGACCCCAAAAAGACACACUGGGGCCAGGUGGAAGUGGAGGUGAAUGGUGGGAAGAAAGGAAUAUACCCCAUAUACUUCACUUACAGGGACCCAAUUCCUGACUUGGUGACACCUUCUAGGGGUCCUAAGGCAGGGGGCACGCUUAUUACAAUUUCUGGCAAAUUUCUGGACACUGGCAGCAAAGAUGAUGUUCAGGUUACCAUCGGAGAUGUGGGCUGCACUGUGGAACACUUUGGAGAGAAUAUCACCUGCAGGUCAGGAGAAUAUCGAGCCGAUAAGGUGCCCUCUGACCCUCUCACCGUCACAAUGCAUUAUGGAAAGAGAACCACAAAAAUCAUACCAAGUGCCUUCCAGUUCUUGGAAAACCCCACUGUGCUGGAUCAUCACCCCAAAGGAAGCUUUGUCUGUGGAGGGAGGAACAUUGUGGUGACUGGCUCCGGUUUUGACCUAAUCCAGACUGCUGUCAUAAAGGUCCAAGGAGACAACAUAUCAGCUAUCGAGCGUGCCUACGACAAGAAUGACACAGCCAUCCAGUUUCGAUCUCCAACGGUAAAUGGCUCCAUGAACCAGUACUUUAAAACCUCACUCCAUCUAGACAACUGGGUGAAAGAGCUGAAACCCUUUGACUACCACCCUGACCCCACCUUCAAUGAACUGACCAAGAAGGUCAUCACAGAGACCAGCAUCAUCAUCGUCACUGGUCGAGGAUUCUCAAGAGCUAUGACAGCCAAAGAAGCUCAAGCUUUUGUGGGUGAUGUUCAGUGUCUGGUAAAUACGCUUCAGGAUGACAAGCUGUUCUUGGAUCCACCCUCUACCCAGCCCCGUGCUCGCUCCAGACGCCAGCGCCGUGACACCAGGCCUGAGCUUCUGGAUCUAAUGAUCAAGUUUGGGAAAGGAGAGUGGGUGGUCGGUUCAGUGCAGUACGAGAAGAAAAAUGAUUUGUCACUUUACAUCAUCAUCCCUGCUGUAAUUGUGCCCAUGCUGCUCAUCAUCUUCAUCUCUGUUUACUGCUACAGGAGAAAGAGUCAACAGGCAGAGAGGGAGUACGAGAAGGUCAAACACCAGCUUGAGAAUUUGGAGGAGAGCGUUCGAGACCGCUGCAAGAAAGAAUUCACAGAUUUGAUGAUUGAGAUGGAGGACCACACCAAUGACUUGAGUGAGGGACGAAUUCCUUUCCUGGACUAUAAGACCUAUACAGACCGGGUCUUCUUUCUACCCUCAAAGGAUGGUGCCAAUGAUGUGAUGAUCACAGGAAAGCUGGACAUCCCAGAGGCUCGAAGGGCAACUGUCACACAAGCGCUCAACCAGUUCUCCAACCUUUUGAACUCCAAGACAUUCCUUAUUAAUUUUAUUCGCACCCUAGAGCGCAGUCAUGACUUCAAUGCCAGGGCCAAGGUGUACUUUGCCUCCCUGCUGACAGUGGCUCUGCAUGGGAAGCUGGAAUACUACACUGACAUUAUGAGAACACUGUUGCUGGAGCUGAUGGAGGAAUACGUCCACAGCAAGAAUCCCAAACUGAUGCUGCGCAGGUCAGAGACAGUGGUGGAACGGAUGCUGUGCAACUGGAUGUCCAUCUGCCUUUACCAGUUUUUAAAGGACUCUGCAGGCGAGCCCUUGUACAAACUGUUCCGAGCCAUCAAGCACCAGAUUGAAAAAGGGCCCGUGGACGCCAGAGUGAAGAAAGCCAAGUACACCCUCAACGACACAGGCUUGUUGGGCGACGAUGUAGAGUACUCUGUCCUGACUUUGCAGGUGCUGGUUCAAGGUGAGGGUCCAGAUGUUACACCUGUCAAGGUGCUCAACUGUGACACCAUCUCCCAAGUAAAAGAGAAGAUCAUUGAGCAAGUGUACAGGAAUCUGCCGUACUCUCUGCGACCCAAAGUUGACAGCGUCACUCUGGAGUGGCGCCCCGGCUCAACAGGGCAGAUUUUGUCAGAUCUUGACUUGACCUCCCAGAAAGAAGGCAGAUGGAAGCGCAUCAACACUCUGGCACACUACAAUGUGCGAGAUAACGCCACAUUAGUUUUAUCCAAAGUGCUACACACACAGCAAAACUAUGACCAGAACCAGGAAAAUCAUGAAGAGCGAAAUGCUCUGUUGGAGGAUGAUAAAGUUUUCCACUUGGUGAGGCCAGCAGAUGAACUGGAUGAGAUCAAAUCUAAGCGAGGAAGCAUUAAGGACAAGUCAAUGACCAAAGCCAUCACAGAGAUCUAUCUGACACGACUCCUCUCUGUCAAGGGAACAUUGCAGCAGUUUGUGGAUGACUUCUUCCGCAGCGUGCUGUGCUCUGGGGCAGUGGUCCCACCAGCUGUCAAAUAUUUCUUUGACUUCCUGGAUGAGCAAGCAUUGAAACACAAUGUGGACGAGGAGACCAUGCAUAUCUGGAAGACUAAUAGCCUGCCUUUGCGUUUCUGGGUGAACAUCCUCAAAAAUCCCCACUUCAUCUUCGAUGUCCAUGUGUCCGAAGUGGUGGACGCUUCACUGUCUGUCAUUGCUCAGACCUUCAUGGAUGCCUGCACCAAGAGCGAGCACAAACUCAGCCGGGACUCUCCUAGUAACAAAUUACUCUAUGCAAAGGAGAUCUCCACCUAUAAGAAGAUGGUGGACGACUAUUACAAGGGCAUCAGGCAGAUGGUACCUGUCAGCGACCAGGACAUGAACACUCAUUUGGCAGAGGUGUCACGGUCUCACACAGACAAACUGAACACACAAGUGGCCCUCCAUCAGCUUUACCAGUAUGCCAGCAAAUACUAUGAUGGGAUCAUUGCAUCCCUGGAUGAUGACCCAGCUGCCCAGAGUAAACAGCUGACCCUGCGGCUCCAGCAGAUCGCAGCCGCCCUGGAGAACAAAGUGACAGAUCUCUAACCCACUACGAGGAGAGCGGGAGUGGAAGGGAUGAAAAUCGCCAGUGACUACAGGGGCUUAUUUCUUCUUUUCUGAGCAUAAAAUAUGGAAAUAAGAAAAUAUGAGAAAGGACUCAUUUGGGGUGUGUAUUGUACAAGUUGGCCCUGGAGUGUUUUUCUGUUCUGUGGAGUAAAAGGGACUAAUUAAAUGCACAUAGAGAGAAAAAAGGGGAAGAAAAUGAUGGGUUACGCUGUCAUAGGUACGCCUUAAAGCUCACUUGCCAAACCUUAAAGGUCUGCGCAGUCACUCAUGCUUCACUGAAUAUUGCUCCCAGAAUGCAGUUUAAGAGACCUCUGUCUGAGAAUUAAGCCCCUCCAUGGAGCACUGGCAUAACAGAUAAUCAGAUGUUAAAUUUCUCUUUGUGUUGAAAAAGUUUUAAGAGUUGUAUUAUAUAUUUUUUUUAUUGUGCAGUCUUUAUGCGGAAAGCUUUAUAAGGAAAAAAUAUCUUUUUAAAUGGAUCUCCUUGUGGUGCGGACAGUGUUUUUAUUAGCCUGUGUGUGUGCGUAGAUGUCUGCUUGAAUUACAACAUGUGAACAGGAGCACGUGAUGUUAAAUUUUGAGUGUGUUCACAUGGAUUGCGAAUGUGUGUGGGAAUGUGCGUGCACACACAGGAUGCCUACUGUCAGGCGUGAGGGCGAAGGGACGCCUGCAUUCUGUCACAACCCCCCCCCCCCAAUGAACAGUAACACACUGGAGCCUGCGCUCUCGCCGAGCUUUACAACAAGUGACCAAAGGGUCCUCACAAGGACACUGGUUAAUCUAGCAAUGUACAUGCUCAUAUGAAUGACAGGUCACCAGUGGUCUCAGAAGCAUUUGAGUGGAACUCUUUGCUUUUGACCGCAGAUUUGCUUCAAGCUGGAUUACCACUUGUGCUUGUGGAAAUCGAUAAUAGCACAGUGUCUCCCUUUAUUGUACAGUGCCAUGAAACAUUCCACCUAAACUAAAGCACAGAGAGACAUUUUAGAUAGUUUUUAAAGACAUUUCAUUAAAUGACUGAUUUCUUUUUUUUUUUUUUUUUUCUACUUUUUUCCUUUGCUGCAAAACGUUUUCCUUAAAGUGUCAGCAAGAAGCAACUUUAUUCUGCCAUGGAGUCAUGUCACUCAUAUUAGCCCUGCAAUAAUGUCAGUAAACCAUGAGCCACAAUCAACACUUGCGUUAUAGUAGCAAUUUAGCAAUAUGUUCAAAAGAUUUCCAAACUGAUUCAUGCUUUUUUUAUGCUUUUUUUUAGCUAAUAAUAUUGUAUUAUUCCAAAUGGUCAUCAAGCAUUAUGCCUCUGAAGCUAUUAAAUAGCUUAAUGCUGAUAUAAAGAAUAUGCCAGAGAUGCAGUUGAUACUGCAAUGGCAUGUUCUGAACAAACUAUAGUCAUUUUAGAGUUUGUAUGAUGUUGGGGAGGUUGGGUUUCAAUUGUGUACAUAAUGGCAAUGGUAAUUUGAAUAUUGAUAUGUCAGUGUCACUGUGUGGAUAGUGUCAGAGUGAGGGUUUUAUAUUUCUUGGGCCAUUAAAUGCCAUCCCUAAAUUGUAGGUCUUGCUGUUAACAGAUUAUUUAAUUGUCCUCUCUAUAUCUGAUCAUGGAUGUGUGUAGUUGACAGGGCAUAACAAGCUCUAGAGACCCCAGAAUGUUAACGAUUCCUGCCUUGGCUCAAAGGAGGUUUGCUCAGACCUCAAGCCUGCCUGCCAUCUCAGCAUGGCACUCCGACAUCCCGACCAACAACACUUGGCACUGCCCGCUCAGUGCAGUGCAGAGUGGCACUCAGUAUAAUGGAAUCAGCAGGGGAGGCUUUUGAUCUUAAUUGCAUGCCGACUGCAGACUCCAUCCUCGUCUCUGCUGUUUACUGCUGACUCCUUUCUCACUGACAGAGUUAAUGCAAGAAGCUUCUUUCAGAGCCUUUCUUUAACCAAAAAUGUGCCUUAUUGAAAAUGAUGAUACAUAUAUAUUGUUUCUAAUUUAUGCUGUCAGUAACUUAGGUGAUUAUGACGAUAGUGCUAUAGACACAGCAAUGUAUUUGGACUUGUGAUCUUAUGUGUGCUGUCAAAAAUACUAGAUGCCCUGCUGCAGCCAUUUGUGUGCCAAUAGGCUGAAGACAUUUCAGUAUGAUUUAUUUUAUGGUUGCAGUAUUGAUGUGUGCAUUUCUUUUGGGUGUCUUUGGGGUCUGUUUAGUAGGACUUAAGUGGCUAUGGCAAAAAGCCAAAAUAAAUAAAUGUAUGACAGUUGCCAACGUGAUCAGGAUUUCCCUUAAAAAUGUUAGGCACUCCUAAAUUAGUCUGAAGACAAAGGAGUAUUCAUAUGUAAAUUGAAUAUAGCGCAAAAUUGUUCCAAUGGUGUUUUUCUUUUUUUUCUUCUUCUUUUUUUGCCCUGUGUUUCUAAAGCUAUUUUACAGUGUGUACGAUAAAUGACUAUCUAUACUCGACAAAUUACUUUUCAUACUGCUGUGCAGUUAUUUUUAUUUCUUGUUUCCUAUACCAUAUAAAUCUUUGUAAGACAUGUUGAAAUACUGUAUUCUAACUGUAUACUCCUAUGCAUUGAGUCCUGGGACAAAAACAACAAAAGAGAGAAAAAAAUGUUUGUGCAGUUGUCGAUUUUUUUCUUCCCCAAUUUGAAACUUGUGAAUGUGGUGUAAUGAAAAAUGUAAAGAAACUGAGACACGCAUUUCAGUACAGGACCACUAUUGGAAGCAUAUUUUUUCCUCCCCAUUAAAGGCAGCUCCUAAGAUUCUCGAUCUUGUACCUGAUCUGGUUGAAGUGGGUGAAGGUAAUUUUACUAAAGUAGUAUGUGUGGACAAAGCAGUUACCCACAGGUUUCAUCAUACACUCCUCCUUGAAUAAACUCAGAGACAUGUAUACCCUUCA